UUUCAGAUUAGAUGCAACUGAGGAAGAGACAGGUGGAGUACAUUGAGAAAGUGAACUCCAAUCAUACUGAAAAUUGAUACAUUGGAACUUCAUGGAAAAGAAUGAUGUCUGUUCCAACGAUCAGAUUUUUGGAGCUUGAAUUAAAAAGAGGUACAAUUAAAUCAUCGAGAUAUAAUGUUUACUGUCUGGCGACGAUGGUACCCUCAGACUGCCAAUUUGUAGCUUACUUGUUAGAGACAGAUUGCUUAAGGAGAGUCAUGGCUAUUGAUAAAGAUUGCUCCAGGAGAGUUAUACUCAUGGUGAUGAAGGAGAAGGAGAAGCAGAAAAUGAUAAUGACAGUGAUGAUAGUCAUAAUGGACAUAUUUCAUAUGAGCCGA